GGCAUGUUUGAUAAGGAAAAAAACGCACUUUGAGUUGAGAUGAGCCAUGUUAACUUAAUUUACAUCUAGAUAAAUGGACAUGAUUUACAUUAAGAAAUCUCAGAUACUGGUCUUAAUGAUCGGAUGCAUCCUCGUUUAUAUUCUUUUUAAGUUCUGGCCGUGGUCAUCACAAACUUUUACUGCAACGAAUAAGAUAUACUACAAAUCCGAUGCUAAGGAAAAGCUGAGGGCAACUACAGAGCAAACAGUGGAAAAAGAUGUGAAGAAAAAACUUUACAACAUUGAUGUCAUUAUAACCUUUAGUAAGGCCAAAGAUAACAGAGCACUCCAACAAAAAUUUGAAGUGACUGUGGAUUCUAUGUUUAAAUGGGCCACAGUACCUAUUUCUCUGUAUAUCAUUGGAGAUGAUGAGAGCAAGGACCUGGCUGACCGCAUCAUUGAAGGAGCUGCAGGCAAAUACAACUCUAAAUAUACGAUGGUAUCAUUAGAUGUCGAGAACCUUGCAAAGGAGUUACAUGAGAUUGUGAAGGAGAUGCAGCCUUAUUUCAGCUACAAACCUGGAGCUUACUAUAGCGAUGCUCUAUUCUUCCUUUCCAUGGCACUCCAUCAAGUCCUCCCGGAUUCUAUCACUAAUGUCAUCAUGCUUGAUGCAGAUCUCAAAUUCAAUGCUGACAUAGCAAAACUAUAUGAAGAAUUUUACAAAUUUUCAGAUGACAAUGUGAUGGGUAUUGCCCGAGAGAACCAACCAGUAUAUCGCCACACUUUUUCACUGUAUAGAACAAGACACCAUGGCACUCGUGUGGGAGAUCCGCCCCCGAACGGUCUUACAGGCUUCAAUAGUGGUGUGUUGCUUUUAGACCUGGAGAGGAUGAGAUCUUCAGAGCGUUACAACUCCCUACUGACUGCUGCCUCAGUGAAAUCACUAACCACUGAAUUUUCAUUCAAAGGUCACCUUGGCGACCAAGACUUUUUCUCUUUAGUUUCCAUGGCACAUGAGAACCUGUUCCAUAUUCUACCAUGUACAUGGAACAGACAGCUCUGUGAGUGGUGGAGGGACAAAGGUUACCAGGAUGUGUUUGACCUUUAUUUCAAAUGUGAAGGUCACAUCAAUAUCUAUCAUGGAAAUUGUAAUACAGCUUUACCUGUGUUAGAUUGGGAAAAGGUAUAGUGGUUCUUGACAAAAUCCUAUAUGAGUGUAAAUACAAUAAUCCCCGGGGUCACAUGCCAGAUUUAGGACCACAUUGGAUAUAGGAGGCUCGGUAGUCUAGUGGUAGGAUGCCAGGCUCGUGACUGAAGGGUUGCGGGGGUUCGAGUCACGGC